AUAGGGGAAUCUUCCCUCCUUCCCGGUCUUGUUAUUGGGGGGCUGAAGCGGCUGGCGAGGCGCGGGUUCGAGUCCCGAUCUGACCCAAAUUAGUUCGGGGGGGAGGAAAUUGCGCGGCGUUCCUCGGAGGGAAGCCGACAAGGAGUCGUUUGAGGAAGUCUGGUCUCCUGUAGCGGAUUAUUUGAGUGCGGGUGUGACUCCCCCGCGAUGGCCGGCCUCAGCAAGAGAAUGCAGGAGCUGGAGGAGAUGGCCCAGGAGAUGGUGAAGAUGAUGGCCUCGGCCCAGGCGGGGAAACUCCUGCGGCAAAACCUGGAGAAACAGGAGCAGAUGAUCGACAAGCUCCUGCUGACCAAGAAGACCACCGUGCAGCUGAUCGAAGAACUCAUGAGCGCUGAGGAGCUGGUGGCCCAAAAGCUCUCCGACAGGGACGAAGAGCUGAAGGAAAGCCUCCAGAAGUUACAGAAAAUCGAGGACACCCUACUUCAGGACAGAGAGAAAGACGCCGGACUGAAGAUCAGCGCCGAGAAGUUGAGGAAGGAGCUGGAUGCACUGAGGGACGAAAUCGAACAGCAGGAGAAGGCGGCGGAAGAGGACACCAAUGCAUCCAAGUCAGCGACGCAUCUGUCACAGCUUUAUUAUCGAGUAUGCCCCAUUGACUGGGACUACUCCUGCGAGCCGACGCUGAUCAAGGGAACCCAUCACGGGCCAGACAUCGCUCAGCCUUUCAGCUUUGAGAGCGGCCAACACUCCCGCUGCUUUGUGAGCGAUUACCUCUGGAGCCUGGUGCCUACCUCCUGGUGACCAAGACGCAGGCUGGGAAAUCGAUGCAUGCGUGCGGCGGGCGUACCAGAGCCUACUGCCUGGAAAGCAUUUGUCCUUCUGUGCUGUUUUCGCUUUAAGGGGAGUUGUGUUUUUACGAACAAAUA